AUGCGGACGGAAUCGGCGGCCACGAUAGGUGCUCCCGAAGUUCGCCGCCCGAAGUCACCACCCGACCGGUGGAGAUCUCGAACUCGCCGGCGGCGGAGGGAGGAGGCGGCUUGCCGGAUCGACGCCGCUGGGGAGGGAGACGGCCCCGACAAACUAGCGAUGACGGAGAACCGAAAACGAUAA